AUGAUCGGCAGCGACUACGUGCUGGAGGCACACAAUAUUUACCAUACCACCGAGGUUGAUACCGGUGGUUGCUUCAAUGGUGGCGGUCAAUCGGCACUCGUGCUCAAAGGAGUUCACUUGACCGUACACAGCGGUGAAGUGAUGGCUAUACUCGGAUCGAAGGGUAGCGGAAAACGAGCCCUGUUGGACGUGAUUGCACGUCGAUCGGAAGGAUCCUCCCGCGGACAAGUGCUCCUGAACGGGUCUCCUCUGACAAAAUCACUGUUCCAGCAACGUUGCGGUUACGUGACUCAGGCUUGUGCAUUCGUGCCCGGUCUUACCGUAUCACAGACGCUCAAUUAUACGCCAACCAUUUUGGGCGGAUAUCUGAAAAGUUCCAAGGUUCGUCAAGUACUGGCCGAUUUGGCACUGUCACAGGUUUCGCAUAAAAAAGUAGAAAAUCUAAAUAUAAGCGAAAAACGUCGAUUAGCAAUUGGAGUGCAGUUGGUUCGUGAUCCCGUCAUGUUGCUACUGGACGAACCGACGCAAGGCUUGGAUCCUUUAAGUGCUUAUCUGUUGAUCAGCAUUCUUUCCAAUUCGGCCAAGAAAACUGGUUGCGGUAUUCUUCUAUCGAUGGAGAAACCUCGAUCUGAUGUGUUUCCGUUUCUGGAUAGGGCUCUUUUCCUUUGUUUAGGAGGAGUCGUUUAUUCUGGCGGAACUAGAGCCAUGCUGGAGUACUUCCAUGGUAUAGGGUUCCCUUGUCCACAGUUGGAGAAUCCUUUGAUGUACUAUCUCUGCUUGUCGACAGUUGACCGCAGAUCCCGGGACCGUUUUCUUGAAUCUAGCCAACAAAUCGAAGCCUUGGUGGAACGGUUCGCCCGCGAAUCACCAAUGCCAGAGGCACCGAUCAAUCCUAUCGGAAGCGGCAAAAUUCCUCUGGCCUACGGCAAACCCGGCGAACUGAAAGUCUGGGGUAUCCUUUAUCUGCGUCUGCUGGCAGCCACGUUUUCCUGUGGUUAUGCAGGAAUGAAAACCCUAUUUCUGAGACUGUUCGCACUUCCGGCCGCCAUGGGACUAAUCUGGCUAUUCUACAGUCAAGUUGGAGACGAUUCGCACGGAUUCUUCAGUAAAAGUGGAAUGAUUUUGACUGUUCUAGGACUAAGCUACGGAGUUGGAAUCUGGACAACUAUUUGCUUAUUUCCUGCGUGGCGGAAGCGUUUUUGCCAAGAAUACUCGGAAGGACUCUAUACUGGCGCCACGUUACUCAUAGCGUACAAUGCUGUCUCCAUGCCGUUUUCAUUCAUUUCGGCUGCAAUGGCUUCGUGCGUCUUCUAUCCGCUUAUCUUGAAUCCGGUUAACCCCGAUGGACUCACUUUCAUGUACAUCUUGAUCGCUUUAUGGACUAGCUUCAUGCUGGCAGAGCAGCUCAGUAUUGCAUUUCUGUUGGUGAUUAAAUCUCAGGUGAACGCAGCAAUUGCAGUUUCAUAUAUUUUGGUCAUCUGUUUAUCAUUAGCCAGUGGAACUGUGCGCUCGUACAAAGGUCUCUCACCGUGGCUACAAGACAACGCUAAAGGUGUUCACACAAAGUACGCUAGUUCACUGCUGCAUACAACGAUUUUCCUUGCUCGCAGGAUGGACUGCAAUCCUGGCAAUGGAAUGGUUUGUCCUGUUCCGGCGGACUAUUUGCUAGAGCGCAUCGGAAGAACCCAUCCUCAGGAGACCACCGAUAUCGCCGCUUGUAUUGCGUUUGCCCUCGGUCUUUGUGCUUUUAACAUGAUCCUCUAUCUGCUGCCGAUGCCACGGUGUGUGCGAAGAAAGUUUCGCGAUUAACGAUUUAAUGAAAUAUUUUAAUUAAUUUAAGUAUUGUGAUUAUGUUAGAAUCAUUAUUUUAUUUGAAAUCUGAAAUAAUAAAC